AUGCAGAUCUGCCUUGGCAUGGGCAUUCUGGGCUACGUCAUCAUCUACGCCUCGGCCAUUUGGGUGAAGUCCUACUACCUCUUCAUGAUCGGGAAUGUCUGGAACAACUUCUUCGGGAACUGCAUGCAGAUCGCCUCGACGUACUUCGGGCAGCUCUUCGACGGCGCGGAGCGGGACAACUACAACUCCAUGGUACUGGGCAUGGGUCUGAUCGGAGGGACGGUUGGUGCCUUCAUCGUGAUGCCUUUCUCCAACAACCCCAGCAACGGCGCCAACUACUUCGAGUCCAUCUGGUUGGCCGCCGGAAUUACCGGAGUUGCCAUGUUGGCUGUGACGGUGGUGCUCGUCCCGCCGGACAAGAAUAGGAAGGAGCGGGAGACGACAGACGAGGAGCCCGAUCCCGCCGUGCACGCGACACCGCGCAUGGCAUCGAGGAUCCUUCUCCUGACUGUGGUGGCCUCGGCACUGGACUCGGCGGGCGACGAGGGCACUCGCAUGGCGCGCGGGACGGUGCUGACCAGGCUCUUUCCGGAUUGGCAGACGGCAGAGAGACAAAACUACCUGCUCAUGGGACUGCUAGUUAUGGUCAUUCUCUCCUUGCUGCUCCUCCAGGUUCUCCAGCGCUGCAUGAACCUGGCAGCCGUCUCGGUGAUCGGUUGCGCCUUCACGCUGGCGACGCAGCUGGUUCUGAUCAUCGAACUGGACGUGUGGCCGUUCCUGGGUGUUUGGUACACCGGGAAGCUCUUCGGCUUCCUCUCCACCCUCGCGUCAGGGCUGAUCAUCACGGAGAUCGCGCCCAAGGCACAGCUGGGUCGCUGGAACGGUAUUAACGAGGCUUGCUCCAACAUCUCCAUGGCCAUCGCACCUCUGGUCUUUGCAACAGUGUACGACGAGGUGGGCAACGUGAGGGGCCAGGAGAUGUUGGUCUGCACCUCCGUGAUCUCCCUCUUCGCACUGGGCGCCUACAUCCCGCUGGUGUCGAUGAUGCCCAAGAAAGCCAAGGAAGAGCCGGAAGAGAUGAAAGAGCUUUCCUACUACGAGGCGCUUUCGGAUGAGGAGUUCAAUGAGCUGCCCAUGGAGAUCGUGGAGCUGGUGGCCAGCAAGAUGAUCGAGGCUGGUAAGGAGCCCCGGAUGAUCCACUGGGGAAGCUACGCCGACGACCGGCCGAAGCUCCCGGAGCAUCAGGCCCGGGCCGUGAAGGACUUCGAGUACUACUCGCAGGCCUUUGUGCGGUUGCUUUCCAACCGGGAGUUGCUGGCCAAGGAGAAGAAAGAAAUGGCCCUCUGGGCUACGGCAUCGAGCGGUGUGGACCGAGACAGAGCGAAGAACGAGAUGGGCGCUUGGCUCGCAGACUACCUGGACGACGCGGGCUACAUCGGCUGGGAAAUGCACGCCUCGAUCUACAAGGCCAUGGUCAUGACGGCCUUUCCUCCCAUCGAUCCCCUGGACGGCGUCAAGCCGGAAUUCCACAAGAUGUCCUUGGAAACCUUCGAAGACAACAUGACCCGUGUGCUGGAGGUGAUGGACUCCCACCUCGCGGAGCAAAGACGUCUCCGGUCGCUGGACAGCGGAAGCAUCACCGGCCUGCUGCGGCGCCGCUGA